AAUGGGGCAAAGGGGAGGGGAAGGUUGCUUUUUAUCUACAUUACACAGAAUUCAGAGAUUCAUCUCACCAUCGCUCUCUUAAGUGUUCACGAAUACAUCUUUUGGAAAACAGCUUAAAAUGAAAUAUUGUGAGAUAUUUAUCUUUCUUCUAUUAAUGAUCAUGGAUGCCUCAACAAAUGCUCAAGAAGUUACCUGUGAGGGGGAACAACUUAUCAAUGUUGACAUUUUAAUUGGACAUCCAGGUAUCAAUUCACCCUAUAAACCUGGACAUGUUUUAGUUUUUCGCUGCACAGAUGUGAACCUGAAGAUGUACGGCCAACGAGCAAUUGAAUGCCUGUCAAAUGGAAAAUGGGAUCACCCAUAUCCCAGAUGUGAAGAAGUAACUUGUGAGCUGAAGUCAACCACAUUUGAAAUAAAGAACAACACAGAGGGAAAAACUAUUUUUAGACCUGGUGAAAGUGUGGAGAUAACCUGCUCUAAAAAAAGCUGGCUCUUUUUUACACAAACAACCAGCAGAUCAUUUACAUGCAAAGAUAAUGGGGAGUGGAAUUAUAUUCCUGGUUGUGAAGAGAUUAGAUGUGAAUUUCCACGUGACCAGCAUGUGUAUAGACCAUGCGAUUACUUCAGAGGAGAUAUGAAACUGGGAGCAAAACAAAAUUACUAUUGCAUGUCUGGGUAUGAUAAAAUGGCAGAAGAGGCCACAUGUACAGAAGACGGAUGGACACCAAAACCACUGUGUGCUAUCUUAAGGAAAUGUGGGCCACCACCGCAUGUGAACGAUUCAGAUACAAAAGAUAUGACAAAAAAGGAGUACAGAACAGGGGAGAGAGUUGAAUACAUGUGUUUUAGUAAAUACACAUUGGAUGAGCAUCCCCCUUUCUCCAAAUACUUGACCUGUCAGCAAGGCCAGUGGAGUGGGAACAUUAAGUGUUUAAAGCCCUGUACAGUGACGGUGGAGGAAAUGGAUGAAAGAGGUAUAGAGUUGCGAUGGGUUGAUCAGCAAAAGAUUUUCACACCACAUAAUUGUCACGGAUUGGCCAGGCUCUUCCACCACUCACACCCAGCGAUCUCAAUCACCGGAAUUCUAACUCACAGCACCUGCACCCAAUCACCAGUCAACCUACUUAAGCACACACCACACUUCAGUCUCUGUCCGGGCUCGUUCAUACGAAGUGGACUCAUUGUGCCUAUCGUCAAGAAGUCACAAACUAUACCUACCUGCGAAUACUUACCUGUUUUCUCUUGUGUUCUAGUCCUGUCAUCCUUGUCUCUCCAGUCCAGUCAGCAGUGUGUGUGUGUUCGAUCAGCCAUCGGAUCCAGUCCAGUCAUCCUGUAACAAAGUAUCAAGUAUCAUCAUU